AUGGUGUCUUCCUACACUUUACCGGAUGGUUUCUCGGACUUCGACGUGUUCUCUUUGGGAUCUUGUCUGCUAGUGGAGGGUGAGUGUCGCAUUUCUGAUGGAAUUCAUCCAAAACAUUAUUAUUGUUUAAACAGCCCUUCAAAAGAAAACGUACCUGCUUUCAUUUUCACUUCUCAAGGAAUAUGCGCUCUGCCACUGUGUUUAUAACCUAUUCUGUGUUAUGUCCCCUAAAGGUCUUCUGGGAUUCUUCCUGAAUGCUGUGACAGUCGCUGCUUUUCUCAAAAUAAGAGAACUGAGAACCCCCAGCAAUUUCCUAGUCUUGAGCUUGGCAUUGGCCGAUAUGGGUAUCUCUGCGAAUGCAACCAUUGCCGCUUUCUCCAGUUUUCUGAGGUGAGUGACAUAGCAUACUAAUCCACCUUAUUCACUUUUUACUCACACUCACUCAUUGUUGCAACGUUUUGCCACUGUGAAAUAUCAUGAAUUGAAUGGAAUAUUUUACAUAGAAAGGUUCAGAACUUUUGAUAAACAUGACAGUACAGUUGAAAAAUAUAUGGCAAAUAGAAAUCCUAUAUGGAUGGUGUUGAGAUAGAUGGGUGGUGUUGAAUGGAGUUGAAGGAUGGGACUAAUAACAACAACUAAUAACAAGAUAACUAAUAAUGUAAGCAUACUGUGCCCAUAAUAAAUAUAUAGGUUGGGAGCUUUUGUGAAAGAGCACAGUUAGAAAGAUAUGGCAUAUAGAAGCAAACCGGAUGGACAUCAUGAAAAUGAUUGGAGAGGUUGAUAGUAGAAGAAGUUAAGGAUAAAAAACUAACAAAAUAUAAUUCUUGUAAAAUUGACUGUGUCCAUAAAAUGUACGGAAGUAGAGGCCUAAGCAUUGUUGUUCACUAGUUUACUCCAAUUAAGGAAAGGGUGGUGGGGUUGUAAAGUAAUAAAGGGGAAUAUAUAUAUAUUUUAAAGGGUAUGUAUAUAAAAACAUGGGGGAUUGGAAGUGAUGCAGACAAUUACAUCGAUGGAAGUUACAAUAUGGAAGCUGGAUGCGAAAACCCUGAAAAAAAAAGUAGCGCGCGCGCGCGACGCGCGCGCGCGCGCGAGGAGGAGCGCUCGCGCGCUCGACGAGAGCGCUCGCUCGACGAGCGAUAUCUUAGAGAGAUAGCGCGAGUCUAGCGAGCGAGAGAUGAUCGAUAGCGGCUAGCGCUCGCUCUUCGCGCGCUCGCUAUUCAUUCGCUCUCUCUCUAUCUCGCUCUCUCUCGCUUUCGGUUCUCUAGCUCGAUACUCUCUCUCUCUUUCUCUCUCUCUCAUCUCUCUCUCUCUCUCUCUCUCUCUCUCUCUCGGCAAAGACCAACGGGGGAAGGGUCAUAACAGACCUCCCGGGGACUGUGCUGUGAUGCAUAAAGGAGGAGGAUUUAGAACUCUGUAAUCGGGGGGAUGAACAAAGAUGUUCUGUUUAGGAUUAAAACAGGCACCAGAUUCACUUCAAAUUCAAAAUGGUUAUUAAUAGAUGACCGUGGCCAAUGCAAAAGAUCACAAACAGACACUCGCCUUCCCUGCGGUCUAGUUCUAUGCACUGUAAAGCGUUUGCCAUGAAUUUGACUGUAUCUUACAGGCAGUUCGGUGGUGAGUAAAAUUCUGUAUUUCAUAUUACAGUACACCUACUGUAAUAUAAAUACAGUAUCAAAGCAAGUACUGUGUAAUGACACACAGUACACUACCGUAAAUUGACUGUACACUUGACUGUAUUAUACUGUAAAAAAGUAAAUGCUACCAUAAUUGGAAUUGAUUAAUUAUUGGAUGAAUGAAAUUCAUUGAGGGGAGGAGUUUGUAUUUCAUUGUAAUUAUAAGAGAUUGGUGCAAGCAGGUUGUCUGCUAGGUAAAGUGUUUUCACAUAUAUUAAAGAAAAUGUUGUGUUUUAUAUCACUUGCACUUCUAGAGGCCUUCUCAAAUGCUUCCAAACUGGCAGCAACUACAGGGCAAAACAGACCAAAAGGACAUGACAUAAUGCUCAACCAUUAAAGGAUUGAGACUUGCUGCCAUUCUAAUCUGUUGACUAUACAUUUUAAAUUGAUGGGGCACUAUAACCACAAAAUAGUUAAAUUGGUACAGCAUUCUCACUCACGGGUGCAACAAAUAUAGCCUCUACAAGGUACGCCUCAAAAUAUGUUAAUGAGCCAGAAACAACCAUACCAUGCAUACCUUAGUGGUCAAAAGGUUUUUGGCGCUCAAAAGAUAUGGUAUGGUACUGCAUUCUGUGAGGUGGAAUUACAUUCAAUGUAAGUCGCUCUGGAUAAGAGCGUCUGCUAAAUGACUUAAAUGUAAUGUAAAAUACAGCAAAUUUCCCACAAUGCACCAUCAUUUACAGUAUGCUGUAGUAAAACGUUUGAGUUCAUUUUUACUGUUGAUAAUACUAAAAAUUACCAUAUAGUAGUCCCCUGUAGCUCAGUUGGUAGAGCAUGGCUCUUGCAACGCCAGGGUUGUGGGUUCGUUUCCCACGGGGGGCCAAUAUGAAAAUGUAUGCACUCACUAACUGUAAGUUGCUCUGGAUAAGAGUGUCUGUUAAAUGACUAAAAUGUAAAUAUAAAUUACAGUUUUCCGUUACAGUGUGCUCUACCAGUCUAACCAUUCGUUGUUGAGCAUUAUAAAAAGCAUUCAAAACCAGCUAAACAGAUAGGCUACUCACAGAACAUAAUGUUAAGGCCUAAUGUAUUGUCUUUCCCCCUCUUUACUUCUGUAUGCCCUUCUCCAGGUACUGGCCCUAUGGCUCUGAUGGCUGCCAGACUCACGGCUUCCAGGGUUUCGUGACAGCUCUCGCCAGCAUCCACUUCAUUGCUGCCAUCGCAUGGGACAGAUACCAUCAGUACUGCACAAGUAAGUGGCAUGAGUCUCAUAGGUCUCAUACAUCUCCACAGACACACGCACGCACACACACACACACACAUACACAAACACACACAGACACACACACACACACACAUCCAUUCCCAACAACAAAUGCACAAACACACACUAAACAGGACUAAUCUUUGUGUGCAGUUGUUCUUGGGGCCUCACAGCAUCCUAAGAGGCCAUCUGGCCUUUAGCCUAAGAGUCUAUUGGUCUGUUAGGAGUUCACUCAUCUACAUGGUUUUAAAGACCUCUCACAAAGACAUAAUCUGCAGAUUACACCCACACUGACACCCUUUCUAUUGUGUUAUGACCCUGUCAAACUAAACACUUAGUGUACAAAACAUUAAGCUAUGAUCCCUUAUUGAUGUCACUUGUUAAAUCCACUUCAAUUAGUGUAGAUGAAGCGGAGGAGACAGGUUAAAGAAGGAUUUUUAAGCUUUAAGACAAUUGAGACAUGGAUUGUUUAUGUGUGCCAUUCAGAGGGUGAAUGGGCAAGACAAAAUAUUUAAGUGGCUUUGAACGGGUAUGGUAGUAGGUGCCAAGUGCUCCGGUUUGUGUCAAGAACUGCAACGCUGCUGGGUUUUUCACGCUCAACAGAUUCCGGUGUGUAUCAAGAAUGGUCCACCACCCAAAGGACACCCAGCCAACUUGACACAACUGUGGGAAGCAUUGGAGUCAACAUGCACCAGCAUCCCUGUGGAACGUUUUAGAGACCUUGUAGAGUCCAUGCCCCGAUGAAUUAAGGCUGUUCUGAGGUCAAUAGGGGAGGUGCAUCUCAAUAUUAGGAAGGUGUCCUUAAUGUUUUGUACACUCAGUGUACAGUAUGUCUGAGAGCAAUAUGAGGUAUACAGUACCACAAUGACCAGAAGUGACCAAGCUUCUGUUAGAGAAAGCUACAGUAUGUGGCCAACCACUGGUCAAUGGAAAGCAUUUUGUUUAGUAGUAUUUCAAACAAAUAGUAAACCAACAUUAACCAUGUUGAGCUUAGGCCUACUCCAAAACAUGGAUCAACAUGGAAUGUAUCAUGUUACUUGGUCCUGCCAUACAACAUUUUUUACAUGUGUUAAUAAUACAAUAAUUACACAAUAACACAUUUUACUGUAACCCAAAUUGAAUUGUAACGCAUUAAAAAUGCAUUAUAGUCUUUGCUUUCACAAACACCUGAAAAGCAAGUUUGAAGUACAUUUUCCAUCCCUAAAUACAUUUAAAAUGUAUUGCAAACAGGUUAUGAAGUCAUUUCACGUGACAUUUCAUUUGAUGUGUUGUACAGUGCAUUCGGAAACUAUUCAGACCCCUUGACUUUUUCCACAUUUUGUUACGUUAGCCUUAUUCUAAAAUUGAUUAAAUUGUUUUUUCCUCAUCAAUCUACACACAAUACCCCAUAAUGACAAAGCACAAACAGGUUUUUAGAAAUGUUUGCAAAACAAAACAAACAACUGACAUAUCACAUUUACAUUAAGUAUUCAGUACCCUUUACUCUGUACUUUGUUGAAGCACCUUUGGCAGCGAUUACAGCCUCGAGUCUUCUUGGGUAUGACGCUACAAGCUUGGCACACCUGUAUUUGGGAGUUUCUCCCAUUCUUCUCUGCAGAUCCUGUCAGGUUGUAUGGGAGCGUCGCUGCACAACAAUUUUCAGGUCUCUCCAGAGAUGUUUGAUCGGGUUCAAGUCCGGGCUCUGGCUGGGCCACUCAAGGACAUUCAGAAACCUGUCCCAAAGCCACUCCUGCGUUGUCUUGGCUGUGUGUUUAGGGUCAUUGUCCUGUUGGAAGGUGAACCUUCACCCCAGUCUGAGGUCCUGAGCAGGUUUUCAUCAAGGAUCUCUCUGUACUUUGCUCCGUUCAUCUGUCCCUCAAUCCUGACUAGUCUCCCAGUCCCUGCCGCUGAAAAACAUCUCCCCAGCAUGAUGCUGCCACCACCAUGCUUCACCAUAGGGAUGGUGCCAGGUUUCCUCCAUACGUGACGCUUGGCAUUAAGGCCAAAGAGUUCAAUCUUGGUUUCAUCAGACCAGAGAAUCUUGUUUCUCAUUGUCUGAGAGUCCUUUAGGUGCCUUUUGGCAAACUCCAAGCGGGCUGUCAUGUGCAUUUUACUGAGGAGUGGCUUCCAUCUGGCCACUCUACCAUAAAGGCCUGAUUGGUGGAGUGCUGCAGAAAUGGUUGUCAUUCUGGAGGGUACUCCUAUCUCCACAGAGGACUCUGGAGCUCUGUCAGAGUGACCAUCGGGUUCUUGGUCACCUCCCUGACCAAGGCCCUUCUCCCCCGAUUGCUCAGUUUGGCCGGGCAGCCAGCUCUAGGAAGAGUCUAGGUGGUUCCAAACUUCUUUCACUAUGUUCUUGGGGACCUUCAAUGCUGCAGAAUUUUUUUGGUAUCCUUUCCCAGAUGUGCGCCUAGACACAAUCCUGUCUCGGAGCUCUACGGACAAUUCCUUCGAAAUCAUGGCUUGGUUUUUGUUCUGACAUGCACUGUCAACUGUGGGACCUUAUAUAGAUAGGUGUGUGCCUUUCCAAAUCAUGUCUAAUUCAUUGAAUUUACCACAGGUGGACUCCAAUCAAGUUGUAGAAACAUCUCAAGGAUGAUCAAUGGAAACAGGAUGCACCUGAGCUCAAUUUCGAGUCUCAUAGCAAAGGGUCUGAAUACUUAUGUAAAUAAGGUAUUUCUGUUUUUUAUUUUUCAUAAAUUAGCAAACAUUUCUAAAAACCUGUUUUCCCUUUGUCAUUAUGGGUUAUUGUGCACAGCACACACUUUUACUGUCACGCUCCAUUCCAAUUGGAAGUAGUAAUUCCAUAAAUUUGAAUCUAUUCUAAUCAUCCCACUUCUAUGGUUUCUGUAGAUUAUUGAAAUAGAGUAUUCUAAUCAUUGUAUUUCUAUGGUUGUGCUUCUCAUCAGGGACGAAGCUACAGUGGAGCAGUGCUAUCACUCUGGCUAUUUUCAUCUGGCUGUUCACCGCCUUCUGGUCUGCCAUGCCCCUCAUCGGCUGGGGAGAGUAUGACUACGAACCCCUCAGGACCUGCUGUACCCUGGACUACAGCAAAGGAGACAGGUAACAAACACACCCACAUUUCAAGUUUUGAAUGUCACAUGCACAGGUACAGUGAAAUACCUUUCUUGUAAUCUCUAAACCCGACAAUGCAAUAAUCAAUAACAAUAUAAUACUACAAAUAACAAGGUAGAAGAAAAACACACGAGAUAUAAAAAUAAUAAGAAGAAGAACACGAUAAAGUAAGUAAGAAUAUUAUAUACAGGGACAGUUCCAGUUCCAUAUUUACAAUAUGCAGGGAUACUGGAGUGAUAGAGGUAGAUAUGUAUAGGGGUAAGGUGACUAGGUAACAGGAUAUAUGAUAAACAGAGUAGCAUCAGUGUAUAUGAUGAUUGUAUGUGAGUGGGUGUGUGUAGAAUCAGUACAAAUGUAUGUGCAUAUUAUGUGUGUGUAAGCAAAUGAUGGAGUGAGGGUUUGUAUGUGUGUUGAAGUAUCAGUGUGCGUAGUGUGUAGGGCCCUGUGAGUGUGCAUAGAGACAGCGCAAAAAUAAGAAUAAAAUACAAAGCUAAACUCAGAUAGUCUGUGUAGCCAUUUUGUUAGCUAUUUAGUUAGCUAUGGAGCAGUCAUAUGGCAUGGGAAUAGAAGCUGUUCAGGAGCCUGUUGAUGUCACCCACUCACAUGCACACAAAAGCCCAUUCUGAUGGGACCACCAAGUGCUAACAGUCAGUAUCUGGAUAACAUGUGUGAAAUGCUUGAUAAUGUAUGUGAUAUCAAUAGAGAGGUAUAUUUUCUGGGUGAUUUAAAUAUUGACUGGCUUUCAUCAGGCUGCCCACUCAAGAGAAAGCUUCAAACUAACUAGUGCCUGCAACCUGGUUCAGGUUAUCAAUCAACCUACCAUGGUAGUUACAAACAGCACAGGAAUCAAAUCAUCAACAUGUAUUGAUCACAUCUUUACUAACGCUGCAGAAAUUUGUUUGAAAGCAUUAUCCAAAUCCAUCGGAUGUAGUGAUCACAAUAUAGUAGCCAUAUCUAGCAAAACGUUCCAAACGCUGGGCCUAAUAUAGUGUAUACGAGAUCAUACAAUAUGCUUUGUAGCGAUUCCUAUGUUGUUGAUGUAAAUAAUAUUUGUUGGUGUGUAAUGAGGAGCAACCAGACGCUGCACUUGACACAUUUAUGAAAUUGCUUAUCCCAGUUACUAAAAAGCAUGCACCCAUUAAGAAAAUGACUGUAAAAACUGUAAAAUUUUGAAAAAUGGUAUGGUUGAGAGUGAUAAGGCAAAAUAAAUGGAAAAUAGGUCUGGCUGUACAACCGAUUGGCAAACGUACUGCAAAUUGAGAAACCAUGUGACUAAACUGAAUAAAAAGAAGAAGAAACUACACUAUGAAACAAAGAUACAGUGGGGGGAAAAAGUAUUUAGUCAGCCACCAAUUGUGCAAGUUCUCGCACUUAAAAAGAUGAGAGAGGCCUGUAAUUUUCAUCAUAGGUACACGUCAACUGUGACAGACAAAUUGAGGAAAAAAAAUCCAGAAAAUCACAUUUUAGGAUUUUAAUAAAUGUAUUUGCAAAUUAUGGUGGAAAAUAAGUAUUUGGUCACCUACAAACAAGCAAGAUUUCUGGCUCUCACAGACCUGUAACUUCUUCUUUAAGAGGCUCCUCUGUCCUCCACUCGUUACCUGUAUUAAUGGCACCUGUUUGAACUUGUUAUCAGUAUAAAAGACACCUGUCCACAACCUCAAACAGUCACACUCCAAACUCCACUAUGGCCAAGACCAAAGAGCUGUCAAAGGACACCAGAAACAAAAUUGUAGACCUGCACCAGGCUGGGAAGACUGAAUCUGCAAUAGGUAAGCAGCUUGGUUUGAAGAAAUCAACUGUGGGAGCAAUUAUUAGGAAAUGGAAGACAUACAAGACCACUGAUAAUCUCCCUCGAUCCCAAGAUCUCACCCUGUGGGGUCAAAAUGAUCACAAGAACGGUGAGAAAAAAUCCCAGAACCACACAGGGGGACCUAGUGAAUGACCUGCAGAGAGCUGGGACCAAAGUAACAAAGCCUACAAUCAGUAACACACUACGCCGCCAGGGACUCAAAUCCUGCAGUGCAAGACGUGUCCCCCUGCUUAAGCCAGUACAUGUCCAGGCCCGUCUGAAGUUUGCUAGAGUGCAUUUGGAUGAUCCAGAAGAGGAUUGGGAGAAUGUCAUAUGGUCAGAUGAAACCAAAAUAGAACUUUUUGUUGAAAACUCAACUUGUCGUGUUUGGAGGACAAAGAAUGCUGAGUUGCAUCCAAAGAACACCAUACCUACUGUGAAGCAUGGGGGUGGAAACAUCAUGCUUUGGGGCUCUUUUUCUGCAAAGGGACCAGGACGACUUAUCCGUGUAAAGGAAAGAAUGAAUGGGGCCAUGUAUCGUGAGAUUUUGAGUGAAAACCUCCUUUCAUCAGCAAGGGCAUUGAAGAUGAAACGUGGCUGGGUCUUUCAGCACGACAAUGAUCCCAAACACACUGCCCGGGCAACGAAGGAGUGGCUUCGUAAGAAGCAUUUCAAGGUCCUGGAGUGGCCUAGCCAGUCUCCAGAUCUCAACCCCAUAGAAAAUCUUUGGAGGGAGUUGAAAGUCUGUGUUGCCCAGCGACAGCCCCAAAACAUCACUGCUCUAGAGAUCUGCAUGGAGGAAUGGGCCAAAAUAACAGCAACAGUGUGUGAAAACCUUGUGAAGACUUACAGAAAACGUUUGACCUGUGUCAUUGCCAAAUACUUAUUUUCCACCAUAAUUUGCAAAUAAAUUCAUAAAAAAUCCUACAAUGUGAUUUUCUUUUCUCAUUUUGUCUGUCAUAGUUGACGUGUACCUAUGAUGAAAAUUACAGGCCUCUCAUCUUUUUAAGUGGGAGAACUUGCACAAUUGGUGGCUGACUAAAUACUUUUUUCCCCCACUGUAAAUGACAUAAAGAAUGAUAGUAAACAGCUUUGGAGCACCUUAAAUGAAAUUUUGGGCAAAAAGGCAAACUCCGCUCCAUCAUUCAUUGAAUCAGAUGGCUCAUUCAUUACAAAACCCACUGAUAUUGCCAACUACUUUAAUGAUUUUUUCAUUGGCAAGAUUAGCAAACUUAGGUAUGACAUGCCAGCAACAAAUGCUGACACUACACAUCCAAGUAUAUCUGACCAAAUUAUGAAAGACAAGCAUUUUAAUGUUGAAUUCUGUAAAGUAAGUGUGGAAGAGGUGAAAAAAGUAUUGUCCAUCAACUGGGGUCUGAAAACAUGGAUGGAAAAUUACUUAGGAUAAUAGCGGAUGGUAUUGCCACUCCUAUUUGCCAUAUCUUCAAUUUAAGCCUACUAGAAAGUGUGUGCCCUCAGGCCUGGAGGGGAGCAAAAGUUAUUCCCCUACCUUAGGAUAGUAAAGCCCCCUUUACCGGCUCAAAUAACCGACCAAUCAGCCUGUUACCAAUUCUUAGUAAACUAUUGGAAGAAAUUGUGUUUGACCAGAUACAAUGCUAUUUUACAGUAAACAAAUUGACAACAUAAUUUUAGCAUGAUUAUAGGGAAGGACAUUCAACAAGCACAGCACUUACACAAAUGACUGAUGAUUGGCUGAGAGAAAUUGAUGAUAAAAAGAUUGUGGGGGCUGUUUUGUUAGACUUCAGUGCAGCUUUUGACAUUGUCGAUCAUAGUCUGUUGUUGGAAAAACGUAUGUGUUAUGGCUUUACACCCCCUGCUAUAUUGUCAAUAAAGAGUUCCCUGUCUUCUUUAAUGGAAGCUUCUCCAACUAAAUCCAGGUAGAAUCAGGAAAUCCCCAGGGCAGCCCCUUACUAUUUUCAAUCUUUACUAACGACAUGCCACUGGCUUUUAGUAAAGCCAGUGUGUCUAUGUAUGCAGAUGACUCAACAAAAUACAUGUCAGCUACCACAGUGACUGAAAUGACUGCAACACUUAACAAAGAGCUGCAGAUAGUUUCAGAAUGGGUGGCAAGGAAUAAGUUAGUCCUAAAUAUUUCAAAAACUAAAAGCAUUGUAUUUUGGACAAAUCAUUCACUAAACCCUAAACAUCAACUAAAUCUUGUAAUAAAUAAUGUGGUAAUUGAGCGAGUUGAGGAGACUAAACUGCUCGGAGUAACCCUGGAUUGUAAACUUUCAUUGUUAAAACAUAUUGAUUCAACAGUAGCUAGAAUGGGGAGAAGUCUGUCCAUAAAAAGCGCUGCUCUGCAUUCUUAACAGCACUAUCAACAAGGCAGGUCCUACAGGCCCUAGUUUUGUCACACUUGGACUACUGUUCAGUCGUGUGGUCAGGUGCCACAAAGAGGGAUUGUAAUUGGCUCAGAACAGGGCUGCACGGUGGCCCUUGGAUGUACACAGACAUUAAUAAUAUGCAUGUCAAUCUCUCCUGGCUCAAAGUGGAGGAGAGAUUGACUUCAUCACUACUUGUAUUUGUGAGAAGUAUUGACAUGUUGAAUGCACUGAGCCGCCUGUUUGAACUACUGGCACACAGCUCGGACACCCAUGCAUACCCCACAAGACAUGCCACCAGAGGUCUCUUCACAGUCCCCAAGUCCAGAACAGACUAUGGGAGGCGCACAGUACUACAUAGAGCCAUGACUACAUGGAACUCUAUUCCACAUCAAGUAACUCAUGCAAGCAGUAAAAUUAGAUUUAAAAAACAGAUAAUAUUUUUUUUUAGAUAUGUGGUAGUAGAGUAGGGGCCUGAGGGCACACACUUAAAAUGAUGUGAAAUUUGUUCUAAAUGUAUUGUAAUGUUUUUAAAAAUGUAUAACUUCCUUAAUUUUGCUGGACCCCAGGAAGUGUAGCUGCUGCCUUGGCAGCAGCUAAUGGGGAUCCAUAAUAAAUACAAAUAAAUACAAAUGGACUACAGCAAGGGAGACAGGUAACACACACACACACAACUUUACAUAUUGCAAAAAGACUGACCGAUGGACAGACAGACACACACACACACAAAUACACAAAAACAUGGCCUACAACAAGGGUGACAAGUAACACACACAUACAAAUCAUAAAUACAUCAAAUCAUUGCUAAAACCUUCAGCCCUGCCAUGUCUAGCCAAACAUCAAUCUUAGUACAGUACCUGGUUUUACAGACACUCAUCAGACUUAGAGUAUUGUCUCUUUCUGUAGUGUAAAACAUUCAUCUUGGCUCCCAGGUGCACUUGUUUCAUAACAUCCUGUGUUCUUUCUUCUCCUAAACAGGAACUAUGUGUCCUACCUAAUCCCCAUGGCCAUUUUCAACAUGGCCAUCCAGACCUUUGUUGUCAUGUCCUCCUACCAGUCCAUCGGCCAGAAAUUCAAGAAGACCGGAAACCCCAGGGUAAGAAGCAUGUCUGCUAUUAUUUUCAUACAGGGCUAGGCCCUGUUCCAAUACUGUAUUUGUAUGUAUUAUGGAUCCCCAUUAGCUUCUGCCAAGGCAGCAGCUACUCUUCCUGGGGUCCAGCAAAAUUAAGGCAAUUUUAAAAACAUUACAAUACAUUCACAACAUAUUUCACUACACAUUAAGGGUGUGCCCUCAGGCCACUACUAUACUACCACAUAUCUACAACACAAAAUCCAUGUGUACGUGUGUGUAUAGUGCGUAUGUUAUCGCGUGUAUGUAUGCAUGUGUCUGUGCCUGUGUUUGUGUCUCUUCACAGUCCCCGCUGUUCCAUAAGGUGUAUUUUUAUCUGUUUUUUAAAUCUAAUUUUACUGCUUGCAUGAGUUACUUGAUGUGGAUUAGAGUUCCAUGUAGUCAUGGCUCUAUGUAGUACUGUGCGCCUCCCAUAGUCUGUUCUGGACUUGGGGACUGUGAAGAGACCUCUGGUGGUAUGUCUUGUGGGGUAUGCAUAGUUGUCCGAGCUGUGUGCCAGUAGUUCAGACAGCUCGGUUCAUUCAACAUGUCAAUACCUCUCACAAAUACAAGUAGUGAUGAAGUCAAUCUCUCCUCCAUUUUGAGCCAGGAGAGAUUGACAUUUAUAUUAUUAACAUGCAUAUUAUUAUUAACUAACUUAUUCCUUGCCACCCAUUCUGAAACUAACUGUAGUUCUUUGUUAAGUGUUGCAGUCAUUUCAGUCACUGUAGUAGCUGACGUGUAUAGUGUUGAGUCAUCCGCAUACAUAGACACAUUGGCUUUACACAAAGCCAGUGGCAUGUCAUUAGUAAUGUUUUAAAAAAGUAAGGGGUCUAGACAGCUGCCCUGGGCAAUUCCUGAUUCUACCUGGAUUAUGUUGGAGAGGCUUCCAUUAAAGAACAACCUCUGUCAACAUGCACAAUCCCUAUAGCGCCAAUGUUAAUCUAUUUCGUUUUUCAGCCCUGCAAGGUGUAGAGCAUCAAGGCCCCCCGGCACAGUGCCGCCACUGUGCCAUAAAAGGAAGCCAGCCACUGUGCCGUAAAAGGAAGCCACUGUUCUGUUAAAUAGACACAGUAGACUAUACGACUAUACAUAGGUCCCUCGGGACUGGAGGGACUGAAUCAAGUUGCCUCUCCAUCUAUAUGUUGCAUAAGCCAUUUACUCACGGUGGUGUAGCUAGGUCUAAGACCGCGCUAGCCGGAGCACAAAGGUGACUAUGCUGCAGGAAAGAGUGAGCUCUUCUCACUAAGGCAGCACUAUUACUGUUAUGUAACCUUAAAAUAGCAUCACUCACACACAUACAUGCUCUCUCUCUCUCACACACACACACACACACACACAGACAUCCAAUACCUGAAAUGCACGCAUCAGGUCAUCAUUAUUUUGGAAACACAAAUACAGAAAACAAAGCCCCCUCUCCUCUCAGAUGCCCCUGACAAACAGAGUGUUGGGUUUCUACUAGGAAUGUCUACAAAACUGUAAACAACUAUGUAAUUAACAUUCCUGUAUGGAUACAAAGGUUGUACACAUGGUAAGUGGCAAUGCAGUCUUUGUGUCAUGUGUACUCAAAAAGAACACAUACGCAAACAAACCUGUUAUCCCCAAGAAUAUUGCAGUAUGAGUAUGAAACAUGGGAUUACUCUGAGUGGUCAGUGAACAACGUUUCCCUGUGUACCUGUUUUGGUGCAUGAUGUCUUUGUUUACGAGCUGAACUUGGAGUUGAGUUGAUUAUGAAAUUAUGGUAAGCCAGAUAUUGUGUUUCUAUCCCAGCCGUUAUCCAAUGCUUGUGACCAGACCGUCACACGCAUGUAAGCCCCAUGAUCCGAGAUGUUUUUUUCUUUUUUCUUCUCUUCAUGGUUGAAGAGUAACAAUCCCUUCUCUCUCUAUCUCCCUCUCUCUCUCUCACCAUCUCUGUUCUCUCUCUCCCUCAAUUCAAUUCAAUACAAUUCAAAAGGCUUUUUUAUGGAUAAGUAUAACCACAUACAUUAGUAUAACCACAUACAUUACCAGAGCAAACAUAGAGGAAAAUAUUAAAUCAAUGAUGAUGGAAAUACCGCUUGACUUAUUCCACAUUUUCUUGUGUUACAGCCUGAAUUCAAAAUUAUUUUGUUGUUAUUUUGAUAGUUUUUCCUCACCCAUCUACACACAAUACCCCAUAAUGACAAAGUUAAAACAUGCUUUUAGAAAAUGUUGCACAUUUAUUGAAGAAAUACAGAAAUAUCUAUUUCACAUAAGUAUUCACACCCCUGAGACAAUACUUUGUAGAAGCACCUUUGGCAGCAAUUACAGCUGUGACUCUUUCUGGGUAAGUCUCUAAGAGCUUUCCACACCAGGAUUGUGCAACAUUUGCCCAUUAUUCUCUUAAAAUUAUUCAAGCUCGGUUAAAUUGGUUGUUGAUCAUUGCUAGACAACCAUUUUCAGGUCUUGCCAUAGAUGUCCAAGUAGAUUUAAGUCACAGCUGUAACUAGACCACUCAGGAACAUUCACUGUCUUCUUGGUAAGCAACUCCAGUGUAGAUUUGGCCUUGUGUUUUAUGUUAUUGUCCUGCUGAAAGGUGAAUUCAUCUCCCAGUUUCUGUUGGAAAGCAGACUGAACCAGCUUUUCCUCUAGGAUAUUGCCUCUGUUUAGCUCCAUUCCUUUAAUUUUUUAUCCUGAAAAACUCCACCGUGUCCUUAACGAUGACAAGCAUACCCAUAACAUGAUGCUCGAAAAUAUGGAGAGUGGUACUCAGUAAUGUGUUGUAUUGGAUUUGCCCCAAACUUAACACUUUAUAUUCAGGGCAAAAAGUUAUUUGCUUUGCCAAUUUUUUUGCAGUACUACUUUAGUGCCUUGUUGCAAACAGGAUGCAUGUUUUUACUCCUGAACUUAUUUAGGCUUGCUAUAACAAAGUGGUUGAAUACUUAUUGACUAAAGACAUGUCAGCUUUUCAUUUAAAAUACAUUUGUAAACAUUUCCACUUUGACAUUGAGGUAUUGUGUGUAGGCCAGUGACAAAACAAAUCUCUAUUUAAUCCAUUUUAAAUUCAGACAGUAACACAACAAAAUUAGGAAAAAGUCAAGGGGUGUGAAGACUUUCUGAAGGCACUGUAAGUAAUAUACUGUCAAUCUCUCUACAGUUUAACACUGCCACUCCUCUGAAGACAUUUUUGUUCUGCUGGGGACCCUAUGGAGUCCUGGCCUUCUACGCUGCUGUUGAGAAUGCCAACCUGGUCUCUCCCAAGAUAAGGAUGGUGAGGACAACACACACAUGCGCACACACACUGCAUCUAAUCUGACAGUAAACUUCAUAUACAUUUCUCAAGGUCAUAUGUGCAUGCCAAAGGUAUUCUACUCCAUUGACCAAAUACACUAACACCCUACAGCAAAUUAGAAUUAGAAAGCAAUACUCAUGGCUUCUGUGUAAUAUAGUAGUCAUUAAUCGCACUGCUUGAUUAUAUAAAGUGCAUUCGGAAAUUAUUCAGACCCCUUGAUUUAUUCCACAUUUUGUUACGUUACAGCCUUAUUCUAAAAUGGAUAACAUUGUUUUUUCCCCUCAUCAAUCUACACACAAUACCCCAUAAUGACAAAGCAAAAAUAGGGUUAAAUUUUUAUUUAUUUAAAUGUAUUAAAAAUAGAAAACUGAAAUAUCACAUUUACAUAAGUAUUCAGACCCUUUACUCAGUACUUUGUUGAAGAACCAUUGGCAGCGAUUACAGCCUUGAGUCUUCUUGGGUAUGAUGCUCAAGCUUGGCACACCUGUAUUUGGGGAGUUUCUCCCAUUCUUCUUUGCAGAUCCUCUCAAGCUCUGUCAGGUUGGAUGGGGAGUGUCGCUGCACAGCUAUUUUCAGGUCUCUCCAGACAUGUUCGAACGGGUUCAAGUCCGGGCUCUGGCUGGGCCACUCAAGGACAGAGACUUUUCCCGAAGUCGCUCCUGCGUUGUCUUGGCUGUGUGCUUAGGGUUGUUGUCCUAUUGGAAGGUGAACCUUCGCCCCCAGGCUGAGGUCCUGAGCGCUCUGGAGCAGGUUUUCAUCAAGGAUUUCUCUGUACUUUGCUCCGUUUAUCUUUGCCUUGAUCCUGACUAGUCUCCCAGUCCUUGCCGCUGAAAAACAUCACCACAGCAUGACGCUGUCACCACCGUGCUUCUCCGUAGGGAUGGUGCCAGGUUUCCUCCAAAUGUGACGCUAGGGAUUCAGGCCAAAGAGUUCAAUCUUGGUUUCAUCAGACCAGAGAAUCUUGUUUCUCAUGGUCUGAGAGUCCUUUAGGUGCCUUUUGGCAAACUCAAAGCGGGCUGUCAUGUGCCUUUUACUGAGGAGUGGCUACCGUCUGGCCACUCUACCAUAAAGGCCUGAUUGGUGAAGGGCUGCAGAGAUGGUUGUCCUUCUGGAAGGUUCUCCCAUCACCACAGAGGAACUCUGGAGCUCUGUCAGAGUGACCAUCGGGUUCUUGGUCACCUCCCUAACAAAGGCCCUUUUCCCCAGAUUGCUCAGUAUGGCCGGGCGGCCAGCUCUAGGAAGAGUCUUGAUGGUUCUAAACUUCUUCCAUUUAAGAAUGAAGGCGGCCACUGUGUUCUUGGGGACCUUCAAUGCUGCAGACAUUUUUUGGUACCCUUCCCCAUAUCUGUGCCUCGACACAAUCCUGUCUCGGAGCUCUACGGACAAUUCCUUCGACCUCAUGGCUUGGUUUUUGCUCUGACAUGUACUGACAACUGUGGGACCUUAUAUAGACAGGUGUGUGCCUUUCUAAAUUAUGUCCAAUCAAUUGAAUUUACCACAGGUGGACUCCAAUCAAGUUGUUGAAACAUCUCAAGGAUGAUCAAUGGAAACAGGAUGCACCUGAGCUCAAUUCUGAGUCUCAUAGCAAAGGGUCUGAAUACUUACAGUGAGGGAAAAAAGUAUUUGAUCCCCUGCUGAUUUUGUAUGUUUGCCCACUGACAAAGAAAUGAUCAGUCUAUAAUUUUUAAUGGAAGGUUUAUUUGAACAGUGAGAGACAGAAUGACAACAAAAAAAUCCAGAAAAACGCAUGUCAAAAAAUGUUAUAAAUUGAUUUGCAUUUUAAUGAGGGAAGUAAGUAUUUGACCCCCUCUCAAUCAGAAAGAUUUCUGGCUCCCAGGUGUCUUUUAUACAGGUAACGAGCUGAGAUUAGGAGCACACUCUUAAAGGGAGUGCUCCUAAUCUCAGCUUGUUACCUGUAUAAAAGACACCUGUCCACAGAAGCAAUCAAUCAGAUUCCAAACUCUCCACCAUGGCCAAGACCAAAGAGCUCUCCAAGGAUGUUAAGGACAAGAUUGCAGACCUACACAAGGCUGGAAUGGGCUACAAGACCAUCGCCAAGCAGCUUGGUGAGAAGGUGCCUGCCUUACACAGGAAGCGGCACAGGUCCUAAUCCAGGCACUUGUCAUCUCCCGUCUGGAUUACUGCAACUCGCUGUUGGCUGGGCUCCCUGCCUGUGCCAUUAAACCCCUACAACUCAUCCAGAAUGCCGCAGCCCGUCUGGUGUUCAACCUUCCCAAGUUCUCUCACGUCACCCCGCUCCUCCGCACACUCCACUGGCUUCCAGUUGAAGCUCGCAUCUGCUACAAGACCAUGGUGCUUGCCUACGGAGCUGUGAGGGGAACGGCACCUCCGUACCUUCUGGCUCUGAUCAGUCCCUACACCCAAACGAGGGCACUGCGUUCAUCCACCUCUGGCCUGCUGGCUCCCCUACCUCUGCGGAAGCAUAGUUCCCGCUCAGCCCAGUCAAAACUGUUCGCUGCUCUGGCACCCCAAUGGUGGAACAAGCUCCCUCACGACGCCAGGACAGCGGAGUCACUCACCACCUUCCGGAGACAUUUGAAACCCCACCUCUUUAAGGAAUAAAGUUAUAGGAUAAAGUAAUCCUUCUACCCCCCCCCCCCCCCCCCCCCCCCCAAAAAAAAAAAAAAAAAAAAAAAAUUGUAAAGUGGUUAUCCCACUGGCUAUAAGGUGAAUGCACCUAUUUGUAAGUCGCUCUGGAUAAGAGCGUCUGCUAAAUGACGUAAAUGUAAAUAGGUGACAACCGUUGGUGCGAUUAUUCGCAAAUGGAAGAAACACAAAUAACUGUCAAUCUCCCUCGACCUGGGGCUCCAUGCAAGAUCUCACCUCGUGGAGUUGCAAUGAUCAUGAGAACUUUGAGGAAUCAGCCCAGAACUACAUGGGAGGAUCUUGUCAAUGAUCUCAAGGCAGCUGGGACCAUAGUCACCAAGAAAACAAUUGGUAACACACUACGCCGUGAAGGACUGAAAUCCUGCAGCGCCCGCAAGGUCCACCUGCUUAAGAAAGCACAUAUACAGGGCCGUCUGAAGUUUGCCAAUGAACAUCUGAAUGAUUCAGAGGAGAACUGGGUGAAAGUGUUGUGGUCAUAUGAGACUAAAAUGGAGCUCUUUAGAAUCAACUCAACUCGCCGUGUUUGGAGGAGGAGGAAUGCUGCCUAUGACCCUAAGAACACCAUCCCCACCGUCAAACAUGGAGGUGGAAACAUUAUGCUUUGGGAGUGUUUUUCUGGUAAGGGGACAGGACAACUUCACCGCAUCAAAGGGACGAUGGACAGGGCCAUGUACCGUCAAAUCUUGGGUGACAACCUCCUUCCCUCAGCCAGGGCAUUGAAAAUGGGUCGUGGAUUGGUAUUCCAGCAUGACAAUGACCCAAAACACACGUCCAAGGCAACAAAGGAGUGGCUCAAGAAGAAGCACAUUAAGGUCCUGGAGUGGCCUAGCCAGUCUCCAGACCUUAAUCCCAUAGAAAAUCUGUGGAGGGAGCUGAAUGUUCGAGUUGCCAAACGUCAGCCUCGAAACCUUAAUGACUUGGAGAAGAUCUGCAAAGAGGAGUGGAACAAAAUCCCUCCUGAGAUGUGUGCAAACCUGGUGGCCAACUACAAGGGUCCAACGUGGUCCUCUGUAGCUCAGCUGGUAGAGCACGGCGCUUGUAACGCCAAGGUAGUGGGUUCGAUCCCUGGGACCACCCAUACACAAAAAAAAAAAAUAUAUGUAUGCACGCAUGACUGUAAGUCGCUUUGGAUAAAAGCGUCUGCUAAAUGGCAUAUUAUUAUUAUUAUUAUUACAAGAAACGUCUGACCUCUGUGAUUGCCAACAAGGGUUUUGCCACCAAGUACUAAGUCAUGUUUUGCAGAGGGGUCAAAUACUUAUUUCCCUCAUUAAAAUGCAAAUCAAUUUAUAACAUUUUUGACAUGCGUUGUUGUUGUUCUGUCUCUCACUGUUCAAAUAAACCUACCAUUAAAAUUAUAGACUGAUCAUGACUUUGUCAGUGGGCAAAUGUACAAAAUCAGCAGGGGAUCAAAUACUUUUUUCCCCCACUGUAUGUAAAUAAGGUAUUUCUGUUUUUGAUUUUUAAUAAAUGUUCAAACAUUUCUAAAAACCUGUUUUCACUUUGUGAUUAUGGGGUAUUGUCUGUAGAUUGAUGAUUAUUUCUAUUUAAUUCAUUCAUUUCAGAAUAAGGCUGUAACGUAACAAAAUGUGGAAAAAGUCAAGGAGUCUGAAUACUUUCCGAAUGCACUUUAACUCAUGGUCCUUUGGUUCCCAAAGCAAUGUACAUUUAACACAUACUUGUAUAGUGUAUGGCCCAUUCAGGAAUCAAGCUCACAACUCUGGUGUGCCAAAUAUCAUUCUCCAACCAACUCAGUCAUUCAACCCUCUAUGUAUAUCUGUAUUUUAACAAACUUGUUGUACAGUUCUUUGACACAAAUGUACAAUUUUAUUUUACUUUUGAGCUAGUACUGAGACAUUGACAUUGCUAUGUUUGGCCUUGUGUUUGCAGUUGGCUCCUAUUCUGGCAAAGACCUCUCCUACCUUCAAUGUUUUCCUGUACGCCCUGGGCAAUGAGAACUACAGAGGCGGCAUCUGGCAGUUCCUCACUGGGGAAAAGAUUGAAGUGCUUCAAAUUGAGAACAAGUUCAAAUAA